AAAAAAAACGAGUGCGAGAAACGCGUUGAAUUUAAUUGUAUGUAAAAUUAAUAUGGACGAUGGAAAGAAGUAUCCAUGACAACAGACUAACAAUACACAAUAAUGGCGACCUUUAUACGGAUAAAAUUGGAUAGUUUAUCGAUAAAAGACGCAUUAUUUGAGCGAAUAAGAGAGGCUGAAAGGCACAGGAUAAAAGAGCACAAAGCUGCAAUACGUAUUCAAAGCUGGUUCCGUGGGAUCAAAGCCAGGAGUUAUCUUAAAUUCCUCAAUAAUUGUGCAACGACAAUACAGAAGCAAUAUAGAGGUCAUCUUGAUCGCAAACGUUACCAACGUACGGUUGAUUAUGAAGUAAACAAAAUGCGCGAGCAAUUCUAUAACACCAUGGCAACAACGAUUCAAAAACGUUGGCGAGGCUACUAUGCUCGAAAGUACGUUCACAACUAUUACAACAGGAAACGCUACAUGGAGGGGCUUAAAGAGAAGAACUCCAUUGUUAGAAAGGAACUGAAAAUGUGGAGAAUCAGUUUGGACCGGGAGAAAGAAAUAAAACAACAGAUGGUUGAACAGGCAAAAACAGAAGAGUUCAACAAGCGUCAUCACUACUUAGUGAGCACCAUUCAAGUUCCUGGAAUUUACAAGACACGUUUACAUCCGGAACUGGCAGCGAAAGAAAUGGAUAUUAAAUCCACACGACUUCGCCACAGACCGCAUCGCAAAUGCAAGAUACAGAACACGGCAAACUCUACAACGAAAAUCUUAAAUGACGAAAGAAUUUCUUUACCUCCGAUUGGAAAGGCUAUUCAGGGACCGUUUCGUACACUAGAGGAAGUUAGUCAUCAACGUCAUCGCCCUUUGAGUCCGACCUUACGUGUACAAACGUCAUUCACUUCACUAAGAGAAGGAAGAGAGAAGAUGAAAGCGGAAGAUUGGAUCGCUCAAGUCGUUGACGUCCCGUUUAAACCGUUUACUCAUGUCGAGAAACCGUACAGUCCUUUGCUACAUACAACGUCCAAAUUUGGAAGUUUGCCUUAUGGAACGAAAAGUUUCCGAGACGAAUUGCGUGAUGGCCAUCAUAUUAACAAGCGUUUUCGCAACGUGGUCUCGCCUAUUCCCGUGUUCGAAAAAUUUGGCAAGACUUAUUAUUAAAUAAAAUCAUCAAUUCGCUUCUAUGAAGAGUUGUGAUUUCACGAAUGAAAUUCAUUUAACAUCUUUGACACUUGCCCCAGUGCAUUGACGCGCAAAGCUAUUUUUGUAACCGCGCUUCCCGAGAAUGGUGAACACAUAUACUAAAAUAAAAGAUGAAGACAAAAGAUUUUUCUCGCGCGUAUACUGUAUAAUGUCACGUGAAAAAUAUAUCUAUUUUGCUUUUGUUUCA